AUUGAAGAAAAAAAAUCAUAUUACACUUCCGGUGGCUGGAUGCAGAUAAAACACUAGAGUUGUAAUAUUGAUUUAUCUCAAGAGUAAUUGAGACAUUUUAGAUAAUAUUAGCUUUAUAUCCUGCUCCAUUUAAUUACGAUUAGCUAACUGUCGUAGAUGUGGUAUAUGGUGGUUGAAACAUAACGUACGAUAUCUGCUAUGUUUGAUGGCUCAACUAUGACAGCGAUGCAGACCACGCACAGUCACACGCCUCAGAAUACAUAUAGUCCUCAUGAACUGGCUUUGGAAAUAAAGGCUUUCAUCAGUGGGGUUGACCAGACACAGGGACGCAAGCUUAGUGUCCGUGAUCAUGCCCGCUGUGCUGUCCGCCUUCUCUGCACAGUGCCAGCAUGCCGAGGUGCUGUGCUGGAACACCUGAGGGGCGUGUAUGACGAAUAUGUCUCAGGCUUUCUACAAGAUUUGGAGACAGAAGGCGACAAUGAGGGUGGCAGCAGUAUGGACUCCAAUCUGGAGGAUGUCAUCAAAGAAAUCCACUCCGUGCUGUCUGAGUUCAUUCGUCUGAAUCCCAAAGCCUGGGCCCCUCUGGUUUCCACCUGGGCUGUGGAUCUACUCGGCCAGCUCAGCAGCAAGCAUGCAGGCCGCAGAGCAGCCCCGCACUCCUCCAGCCUCAACGAGCUUCUCCAACUGUGGAUGUCCUGUGCUGCCACGCGCUCCCUUAUGGAGAUCUAUUCGCAGUGUCUUGCAGCCAUGUUGGCCUGGUGCCCUGAUGCUUGUGUGGAUGCAUUGCUAGAUACAUCCGUGCAGCAUUCACCGCAUUUCGACUGGGUAGUUGCCCACAUUGGCUCUGCCUUCCCUGACACCAUCGUCAGCCGUGUACUGGCGUGUGGACUGAAAGACUUCACUGCUCAUGGCUAUCCAACUGGUGCUGAAAUGACAAAUCUGCAGGGUGCUCGAGCAAGUCCUUCUCCUUCAUUGGCAGCCAUGGACAAAAGCAACAGGGUUCCCAAAAUAGGGUCUGUGGUGGGUAUCCUUGGACACCUGGCAUCCCGACACUCAGACAGCAUCAAAAGGGAGCUCUUUAGGAUGUUUCAGGACAGCGUGUGUCCUCCAUCGCAACCGCCCCCCACCACACCAUCAGGCACAGGUGCCUGGGAGAACUCUGUACACCUCCGUCGGGCUGCCGUACCCUUCCUCCUUCAGCUCAUCGCCCUCUCCCCAACUCUUCUGGGUGCAGUGUCUGCGGAGCUGGUGGAUUCCCUGCGGCCUCCAGUCCUCCUUCAGCUCCAGUCCCAGUUACAGGGCCUCCCCCGGGAGGAGCUGGAGAACUUGCUGGGCCUAGCUGUGCAUCUGAUCAGCCAGUUUCCUGCAGGUGGAGCCAAGGUACUGCGUUUCCUUGCAGACACUGCCACGCCAUCUUCUGUGAUCAUCUCCGGACCCUCCCCGUCGCCCCAUGAAGGGGUGCGUGAGAGCUGUGACCGCCUGUUGCAAAUGCUGCUUAUGCACCUUCACAAGCUCGUGUAUAACCGGCCUGACGGAGAUGAACCAUAUGCCCACUCCUCCUUCUCCUCUUCUGUGCCGCCCACUGCCCGAGUGAUCCCAUUCCUGGAGGAGCUUCAGUCCCACAUUGCUGAUCUCUGUGGUGAAACUUUGCGAUUGGAAAGAAAGAGGCACCUGUGGCUGCACCAGCUUCUGAGUCUGCUGUCAGUGUAUGGUGGCCCCAGCGUGGCCACCGAAGCUCUUUGCCAUCUGCUCACCCUUGCCCGGAACCCGGAGGAGCUUGCACUGGCAUCCCUACUCCAUGCCCCACUCUCCGGUUCAAUUCCAAGGCUCAUUCCAGCCGCCGUGGCCCGCUGCGUGGCGCAGAUUCACACCCAGAACCUCAGUAGCCGAGAGCUCAGCCAACUCCUCAACAACCUGGCAACAGCAGUGCAGAGUCAAGAGGAGGACCGGAAGGGAGUGGGUGGGGCUGCAUCAGCACAGGCAUUCAUGUCUGUUCAAGUUGGGGCCGCUGUCUCUAACCAUCUCCAUGAUUUCUGCCCCUUGCUUCUUCACGGUGACCAUGCUGUGUCGAGAGCAGCAGCUCGCCUGUUGUCCUGCAGCCAACUUCCCCGCAGUGCUACACCAGCCCACAUCCUGGUCAUUGCGAGGGCUGCAGUGGCACAUUUCUUCCUGGCUCUCCGGCAGAGAGGAGUGGGUGGAUUGAGAGAUGGAGGGAGAGGUGGAGGUGAGGCGGUAACCUAUUCCAUGCGGCUUUUGUCUCGACUGGCAGCAUAUUCACCCCUUACUCUAAAGGCGGUUCUUCAGCAGCUUGUGGAAGGUGCACUACACAGGGGUCAUGCAGAUUUGUUUGGAGGCCAAGCCACAGGUGAUGACACAACAAUCUCACCUUCACCGGUUCCAGACCUGGGCCCCUCACUCCUGGAUAUCAACUGUAAAUUUGGCACCACGGUGAACUUCUCUGGCAGUGUGUGGUCAGUGUUUCACGCCGGGGUUAUUGGAAAGGGGUUGAAACCUCCAAAUGCAUCUCCACAACUGGACCCUGACAGAGUCACUCAGAACCUUCAAACCCUGUUGGCUGUGACGGUCCAGUGCUGCAGCUCAGCUGGAGUGGGCUCUGGGGCCAACAGCAGUAACGGCUCAGUUGCAGGUUCUGCUAAUGGUUCCCGCUUCAAACAAAGCUCAGAUGAGCCCGCCCCAAUCAACGCUGAAGCAGCCAAGGCCAUAGCUGUUGCUUUGGUGGAGAACAUUUGCCCUGAUGUAACCAAUGGAGAACUCGCAUGGCCACCGGAAGAGCAUGCCAAGACCACAGUGGAACGGGACAUCCAUAUACGCCGUGCUUUCGAGGCAAACCCUAUCCUGUUUCACCUUCUGCGUGUGGUGGCAGCUGGACGCCCGGCCCUUUGCUACUGCUCUGUAGUCCUCAGGAGUCUCCUUGCCACCCUACUAGCCCACUGGGAGUCAUCACGAGAGCCUUUAGUCCUGGAUUCCCCUUGGCAACUCCAGGCCUCCUGCCUCUUAGUCUCCUGCAUGGGUGAGGGCCAACUCCUCCCUCCUGUCCUCAGCAAUGUCCAUGAGCUGUUUCCCCAUCUUACCCCCUUCGAGGUCAGGCUGCUGUUGCUUGGGAUCUGGGAGUACAUGCGAGGCAAUAGUCCCAUGCCCCAGAAGUUCACCUUCAGUGCAGAAAAAGGACUUUUCUACCGAGACUUCUCCCGGGAUGGGGAUGUGGCACGUUACAUGGCGCCCAUUCACAGUGUGCUGCAUAAGAACAUUGACCAGCUCGGCCAUUUGUGCUGGCGGUUUCAGGUCUAAGACUGUCACAGGAAACGGAACAGGGUAGUAUGGUGUAUGUUUGAGUGUUCUGAUUGUUGUUACAAGAAGAUGAUAUGCUUGAGUGCUAUGGUCUUUUUUUGUGAUCUUUUCUUAAUACAUACCUUUGCUUACGCUUUUGAACACGCAACACUUGACAUUAAGGAUACUCUCUAACAUUUUCUUUCGCUCUCUUUUUUUUUAUGUAGGCCUAAUAAUGCUCUUACUUUAUGCAAGCAAUUAAUUUUCUUUAUUUCUCAAUUACAAUAAUACUGUGAGGUAGUAUGUAUGAUGUUUGAUCUUGUUUUCAGUCAUUCAAUACAUCUGUUUGUGCUUUUCUGUGUGAAAGCCUGUGUCAGCCUUUUGGAGGUAUUUCAGCAGCACUCCAGGACCUUUCUCCCACCGUGACAUUUUACAUUUGCUAGGUUGUUAUCAAAGAUGUGUUUGUAAUUGUACUGCAGAUUAUUUUCAAUAAAAUGUUUUUUCAACAA